AUGAAAUCUCUCCUGUUCUUUUCAACCAUACCUUCCACUCUUGCACUAGUCGCACCGCUCGAGCGCCUGAAACCCAAUGUCUAUAAACGUGACGCACAUUGGGGAACAAAGUCUUGGUCGCAUGGUCCCGACACCGCCACCAUUACCGUAACAACGACUUUGAUCGUCACCAUCAACGCCAUCCCGACAGAUGAUGGAGCAAUUCCCAACACCACUACCACGGAAACGAGCGUGACAGCGACAUCCGGCGAUGGUCUCGCACCAACUACGUUGAUCAUGCAGCCCAGUGAGGCUUCUACGCUCCAAGAGACAAGUGACAUCCUAGCACCUAUCACUUUGAUCGAUCUCAGUACGACAUUUUCUCUGUCUACCGCCACUGGAGAUGCGGAUGGCGCCGCACCUACACCAAAUGAUAUCGAGCCAAUUACGUUGAUCAACAUCAGCACUGCGACCCCCAUCUAG